AUGGUGAACGUGCCGAAAUCCAAGAAGACGUUCUGCAAGGGGUGCAAGAAGCACUCCGCGCACAAGGUGACGCAGUACAAGACGGGCAAGGCGAGCCUCUACGCGCAAGGGAAGCGUCGUUACGACCGCAAGCAGUCUGGGUACGGUGGCCAAACCAAGCCGGUGUUCCACAAGAAGGCUAAGACGACGAAGAAGAUCGUCCUUCGUCUCCAGUGCGCCACGUGCAAGCAAGCUCACAUGCAUCCGAUCAAGCGCUGCAAGACGUUCGAAAUCGGUGGUGAUCAAAAGAAGAACAAGACGUCUAUGUACUAA